AUGGGCAUCGACUUGGCAUCCGGCAGUCAGGGGUGGGAACUUGUGGCAGAAUCGCCAUCUGCAAUCUCCUCCGGCCAGCCACUGCGCGCAGAAGUUCGUUACAGCCAGCUCAAGCCCAGAGCGGCAUGUCCAAAGGGUUCCAAAAGGCCCAGCGGCGCCUUUUUGGAGCUGCCGGACAGGGGCCAGAAUCCGCCCCAGGACUCGCCCAAGGCUCGCCGUUGGCUCUUGAACGCUCUGGGCCCUUGUCUGCGGCCGGGUAUUCGGCAUGGAGCUGACGGGGUCCUGGAAUCUCGAGAGGGAUCGCUGCUGGGCGUCACGGCCAUGAUUGGCUGUUGCAUGGCGGCCUUGUGUCCAGCCGCUGCUGGCAGUCUUGUGUCUUGUGCCUGCACGAGUAAUUACGCCCUCGGAGCAACGAGGCAUGGCGGAACCGGCCGAAACUGGAGGCUGCCGUGUUACGGAAGUUGCACGAAGUGA